AUGUACGGUCUAUUACCGCAGGCGACGAAUACAGCAAUAUCAUUGACAUCAUCUCAAAAAAUGAUAUUACGAAAAGGUCCAAAGCAGACAGAUAAAUCGAAAGUACUGAACAUUGAUUUACCUCAAAAUUAUGAGAAAAAAUCAGAUAUCUAUAUGGCUAGAAUCGACGCCUAUAUGGAAAUCAAUGAACAUCCGUUGAAAAGAAUAAUUGAAAGUACGAAGUUGCUGCUAACUGACUUAUUGAGCAAUAAACGUAUAUCAAAAACAGUAUACGAGAAGUUGAAACCACCUCAAGACUGUGAGCUACCUCAUUUAUAUUACCACCCGAAAGAUCAUAAACCAGGCGCACCAUUGAGACCAAUAGUAGCGCAGAUAAAAUCCUCUGUGGCACGUAUAUCACACUUUUUAGACAAAACAUUGAGACCGAUAUUUGAACAGCAUACGGCUCAUUAUACAUUACAGAAUACAGAUGCGUUUUUGAACCAUCUAGAAAGGCCAGAAAAAGUUGAGGACAGAUUAAAAUUUUACAACGAAAAAGACCCACAUAUAAAAUUAACAUAUGAGAUCGGCAAGACUGUUAAUUAUCUGGAUGUCACAAUCUUUGUACGUUGCCCGACGGCACGAACGAUAGUCUCUCGAAAACCAGCGGCACAACCAUAUGUAUUACUGUAUGACAGUGCACAUCCAAGGCAUAUAAAAAAGAACAUCCCGUAUGCUGCUUAUAUUCGUGCCAUUCGUAUCUGCUCAGACAUAGCAGAUUCUGCCGCCGCCGACGGCGGAAAAGCUUUGAAUGAGGUUCCGCCGCCGCCGCUGGUCGAAAAACUUCUGUUACACACAGCCGCCGAUUUUCCGAUCGGCGUACAGGUCUAG